AUGGUCCAACUCUUCGCCGGUCAAGCCUCGACCCCAGAGUUUAUUCAGUCAGGUGAUGUUCGAACCCUUGAUCACGAGACGAGACGAGGCACUGAGUUCGCUAGAGCACUAUGA